GCACCUUUGUCUUUUCCUUUCUUCAGUGUUCUAUUCUUCUGUAUCUAGGCUGAAUGGAAAAGUUGUCCUCAGGCGUAUCUCAGGCAAUCCAAGUUUACACCAAAGGAACGAAGGCUUGGUUCGUAGACGAGGAUGAAGCUUGGGUUUCAACUUCUGUUUUAUCAGUAGAAGAGUCAGGAACAGGCAUCAAAAUUACUUUCCUAGACGACAAAGAUGAAUCACAAGAGCAUGUAUUUGAAAGUACAUAUACUCAGCUCGAAAAAACGAAAGGUAGCAAUCUUCCGCCGUUAAGGAACCCGCCGCGUUUAGAGAAUACAGAGGACUUGACCAAUUUGAGUUAUUUGAAUGAACCUUCAGUCUUAAAUACAAUUCGUACACGUUAUUUUCAACGUAAUAUUUAUACUUAUUCCGGUAUCGUACUAAUUGCUGUCAACCCAUUCUCCAGUGUGCCUUUAUAUGAUCCUGAUAUUAUCCAGCAAUAUUCGGGCAGAAAACGUGGCGAAUUAGAACCUCAUUUGUUUGCUAUUGCAGAGGAUGCUUAUCGUUGCAUGAUAAGAGAGAAAACAAACCAAACCGUGGUUGUAUCUGGUGAAAGUGGUGCUGGUAAAACAGUGUCUGCUACACAUAUCAUGAGAUAUUUUGCUACUGCUGAUGAUCAAGAAUCAGGAAAAAUAAAAGACAUUUCACAAGGCAUGACGGAGGUAGAGGAACAGAUCAUGGCCACCAAUCCAAUUAUGGAAGCGUUUGGUAACGCUAAAACGACGAGAAAUAACAAUUCUUCGAGAUUCGGCAAAUAUAUUGAGAUCCAAUUUGAUAAGAAGAGCAAUAUUGUCGGUGCCAAAAUCAGGACAUAUUUAUUAGAGAGAUCAAGGCUUAUUUUUCAACCUGAAACAGAAAGAAAUUACCACGUAUUUUAUCAGCUAUGCGCAGGCGCACCCAGCAAUGAACGGAAAAAUUUAGAAUUGGGAGAUUGGGAGAAGUUUCACUACUUGAAUCAAAGUGGGACGGGAUCCAUUCCAGGUGUUGACGACGCAGCCGAGUUUGAACUGACACAAAAAUCGCUUUCUUUGGUGGGCAUUUCAGUGGAAACACAGUGGCAAAUAUUCAAACUGUUGGCUGCUCUGUUACACAUCGGUAAUAUUGAAAUUGGUGGGCGUGGCGAUACAUCUAGUGUCUCAGAAAGCGGUGGACUUUCUAUUGCCACUCAACUGUUAGGCAUUCAACAAACUGAAUUCAAAAAGUGGCUAACAAAAAAGCAAAUCAUCACACGAAACGAUAAGAUAGUGAAGAAUCUUAAUCCAACUCAAGCAAUAGUUGUAAGAGAUUCCGUUGCAAAAUAUAUUUACGCGAGCCUAUUUGAUUGGCUUGUAAAAGUUAUCAAUGACAGCUUGUCUUGUCAACAACCCGAUCUGGCCAAUAACUUCAUCGGCGUCUUGGAUAUUUAUGGCUUUGAACAUUUCAAAAAGAACUCAUUUGAGCAGUUUUGCAUUAAUUAUGCUAACGAAAAACUACAACAGCAAUUCAACCAGCACGUAUUCAAGUUGGAGCAAGAGGAAUAUGUCAAGGAAAAAAUCAACUGGCAAUUCAUCGAUUUUAGCGAUAAUCAAGGUUGUAUAGAAGUAAUCGAGUCUAAGCUGGGUAUUUUGUCCUUAUUGGAUGAGGAAUCUCGGAUGCCAUCAGGCACAGAUCAAGGUUUUUGUAACAAAUUGUACAACAGCCUUGGUGCAGAUCCCAAGUUUAAAGACAAGUAUUUCAAGAAACCAAGAUUCUCUAAUAGUGCAUUCACUGUUUGCCAUUAUGCUCAUGAGGUUGAAUACGACGCAGAGGGAUUUUUAGAUAAGAAUAAAGACACUGUACCAGAUGAAAUUUUGGCAUUAUUGCAAAAUGCAGAUUCGACGUUUUUGGUAGAAAUGCUACAAACUGCUACAGCUGCAGCUUCAGCUGCUACCCAGGAAGCUAAACCAACUAUUGGAAAGAAAGUAGGAAUGGGCAUCACGAAGAAACCUACUCUGGGUUCUAUUUUCAAACAAUCCUUGAUCAGUUUAAUGGAUACCAUCAGUCAGACCAAUGUGCAUUAUAUUCGUUGUAUUAAACCUAAUGAGGCAAAAGUAGCUUGGGGCUUCGAACCGAAUAUGGUUUUGUCGCAGUUACGUGCUUGUGGUGUUUUAGAAACAAUCCGUAUUAGUUGUGCGGGUUAUCCUUCAAGAUGGACGUUUGAAGAUUUUGCAGAUAGAUUCUACGCGCUUGUUAGCUCAAAAUACUGGGAUCCUAAUCUCAACUCACCUGUCGAUAUACAUCAACUUUGUCGUGUAAUUUUGGACACGUACAUUAAAGAUACAGAUAAAUACCAAAUUGGCCUUACCAAGCUCUUUUUCCGUGCCGGCCAACUUGCAUAUCUUGAGAAAUGCCGUAAAGAGCGUUGGGAAGAAUGCACCAUUCUUCUUCAAAAGAACAUGCGUCGUUUCAUUGUCCGUAUCAACUACCUAAGGAAGCUGGAAUUAAUCUCUCGCCUGCAGCGUUUGGCACGUCAAAAGUAUGGAGUGUAUCAGUUGAAUUUUUUACGACAAGAAAAGGCAGCCAUCAAAAUUCAAACUCAAUGGCGUUGCUAUUCACAACGUCGAAAAUACUUACGACAAUGCCGAUUUAUUAUUCAACUGCAAGCUGCAUGUCGCGCUCACAUCACACACAAACAAUUUGCGCACAUUCGUCAACAUUUUGCUGCGCUCAAAAUUCAAAGCGUAUUUAGAGGAUGGCGUGUACGUAAGGAAUACCAAUCAAAGCGCAGAUUUAUUAUUGAUCUGCAGACGGUGAUCCGUUCUCGCCAGGCACAUCAACAACUGAUGAGUUUGAAACAAGAGGCAAAAUCAGCUAAUCACUUUAAAGAAGUGUCAUAUCGACUAGAGAGUAAAGUCGUGGAAUUAACUCAGAGUAUGACGCAACAUAAGGAAGAAAAAGACCAAUUACGAUCCAAGGCAGCCCAGUUGGAAGAUCAAUUAAAACAAUGGACUACCAAAUACCGUACUUUGGAUGAACGAGCCAAACAACUGGAGGCUUCUUUAGCUGUUACAACUCAAUUAGAGCAACAAAUUGAUCAAUUAGAAAAGGAACGCGAAGGUUUACAGCACGAAUACAGGCAAUCGUUGGAACGCAUCAAGAAGCAAGACAUGGAGAUUAUUAAACUAACAGAAGAUUUAAACAAACAGAAGGACGAAAUUCUGAAAAUCAAACAGAGGCCUCCUCAAUUGAAAACAUUGAGUUCCACCUCACCGAUUGGAGGAGCAGGUGUAGAUGAUGGUGAAGUGAAUGAAUUGAAGAAUCAAAUCAUGGCUUUGAAAGCACAAUUAUCGCAAUCAUUAAAAUCACAUCAGUCACCCAAGCGACAAGCAUCUAUGCGUGGUUUAUCGCCUCAAAGUAGUGUUGGACAACAGCGUGGUCGCUCUCCAAGUGCUAGGCCGCAGGUGCCUCAUUCGCCUAGUGCCUUGGCGAUUAGACGCGCCAGUAUCAAUCAACACAAUGGUGGACUGAUGAUUGACACUCAUAGCCCUACUACAACUAAAGUUGUUUACGCUGAGCCAGAUCAAACGGUACCUACAAUGACUGGGUAUAGUAAUAAUAACAAUAAAAUGUUGUUGAAUAUUGAUAGAGAGAAUUCAGAAGAAGCCAUCACUCAGCUUUUACAACAAGAAUAUGAUGCUAUUGAAGAAGAAAUUAUUGACCAGCUCAUCCAGCAUUCACUUCAAAUGGUACAAACACACACAUCAGUGAAUGAUACAAUCAACCGCGAAGAUGUCGUCUUCCCCGUUCAUUUGCUUGGUAAAACCGUGACGCAAAUGUGGCGUUUCGGUUAUCUGGUCGAAUCUGAACGUUUGCUGUUCCGUGUAAUGGACACCAUUCAAAAAGAAUGCUUAUCUUAUAGCAAUGAAGACACACUGUUGCCUUGCUCCUUUUGGUUGUCGAACACGCAUGAACUUCUGUCCCUUGUUUAUUCCGUUGAACAAGAUUUAGAAAGGGAAAUGCAUUAUAACUCUAUACAUGGUCGUAGACGUAACGGUGUCGUGGGCUGGCAUGAUUUUGAAAAACUCGUUUCCACCAUGAAAUUCGAAUUGCAGUGCUUGGAAGACAAUAUAUAUCAUCAUUGGCUAUGCGAAUUGAAGAAGAAACUGAGUAAGAUGGCCAUACCAGCUAUCAUUGAAAAUCAAUCUCUGCCGGGCUUCAUUGCUAACGAUACCAACCGUUUCUUUGGCCGAAUGUUGGGCGGUGGUAAUGGCAACAGGAAUAGUGGCGCUGCCCCUAAACCUGCUUAUUCAAUGGACGAUUUACUAAACUUUUUGAACCGUAUCUAUCUUACAAUGAAGGCUUAUUACGUUGAGGCAUACGUGGUGGAACAGGUUUUAACUGAGCUUUUGAGGCUAAUUGGUGUUACAACAUUCAAUGAUUUGGUUAUGAGAAGAAACUUUAACUCGUGGAAGAGAGCUAUGCAGAUCCAAUAUAAUAUUACACGCUUGGAAGAAUGGUGCAAGACACACGAAGUGCCUGAAGCAACCAAUCAACUAGAACAUUUGAUGCAAGCAACUAAGUUAUUACAGUUGAAGAAGGCAACACUAGACGACAUCAAGAUUAUUUUUGACGUGUGUUGGUUUUUAGCACCUACUCAAAUUCAAAAGCUGAUUCAGAACUAUUGUGUAGCCGAUUAUGAGGACCCCAUAAGCAACGAAAUUUUGCGAGCUGUUGCUUCUCGAGUCAGUAAUAGUGACAGUGGGGACAUACUGCUAUUAGAUAACGUAUCAAUAGAAGAUAGUGACUACGAUCAACCCGAGCCGCACAAUGUUAUAUCCAGUUCUUAUAUUCCUACUUAUUUAAAGCUCAAGCAUGUCCCAAAGUUACUAGCUCUGGUUAAUCAGGCCGAAAAUUUUAAGACCCCUAAAAGCAAUCGCAUGGAUUCUUUGUAGUUUAAUUAUCUUUCGCGUGUUCAAUUCAUGUAUAUAUUUUUUCGCUGUCUCGUUUAUAACAGGAACACAGCACAAUAAUAAAGUUUUUUUAUGCACUCCU